CUUAAGACCCUACUUCCAGUUGGCAAUUGAAAAAGAUCAAGACCCGCUCGAGCCAAGCGAGAGAAGAAGAUCUACUUCAUCUACACCUGCUUGUUCAACAGCGUCACAGGACUACGUUGACCCUCGAACAAGAAGCCACCUUUCUACUACAUCUCGCCGGCCUUUGGAAAGUAUCCAAGAGCCAGCGGAAAACUACUACCCGAUCAGCCGGAAAAAUUGCUUCAAGUGGGAUCAUGCGACGCGGUUCUCCGGGACGAGCGUAGACCCAUGGCGCAACAACACUACGAUCGAGGAGAUCUAUGUCGCGGACAGAACCCAGUUCUUUAGGCAGGAACGUGCUAAUCGUGCAACAACAACUUCGCAUACUAGCGAGGAUGCUGGAACAACCGUCAUGUUGACGCAAAAUGAUCCUUUGUCUUUGUCUGCCUACCCACCACCUCUACAGCAGUUGCCACCCGGAGGAGGUCCGCUACAUCGUUAUCCAGAAAGAAUAGCAGAAAAAGCCGGGACAACUGGUGUGUCCUCCCCAAGCGAAGUUGACAACGUCGCACAAGAGGAUGAUCAUCCGUGGGCGAAGCAGCGCCGUUUCGUUGAUUCGAAGUUGAAAGUGCACGACCGAGGACAGGUGCAGCUGCUGGGAGAGGCAAAUCAGCAGAAUGAAGAGAAAAAUACCGCUCUUGCAGAAACUGAAGUUCUUACCACCAGCACUAGUAGAGUAGAGGCGAGAACAACUGAAUCUUCCUCCUCCUCCUCUUCGGCACAAAUGUUGCGUGCGAAUUCUGCAGAAGAGCAAACUGCAGAGAUCUGUCGCGCUCCGCAAAAACAUCAAGGUCGACGUUUUGUCACCUCCACGUCGAGCGACUUGCUGAGCAGCCCGGUGGGGGCAGAUGAAGAUCCGGGCGACGACGUUCCAGCGGGAAGAUCGUCAUCUUCCCGAUUUUUACAGCGUAAACUCCCCGAACUCCGAAGAAAGAUCAGCUUCAGUGCGACGAGUCCAGCUGGCGAACAGGCAGCGGCUGGUGGAGGAGGUGGGAGGAGUUCUGCUGCUUGUUCCGGAGUUGUAGGAAGUGAUUCCAACUCAAAUUCAGCAGCAAGAGCAACUGCAACAGCAUCUGCUCUUGCACCGCGAGUUGCCACCGACAAAAAUGUCAAAAAUGCUCAAUCAGCAGAUGCCGACACGACAGGGGCAUUCUCCGUAGCAUCUUCCGACAGGGACGGCGACGAGGUGGCGAAAGACCGCGCGCUGACCGACAUGUUGGCAGGAGCCAACGCAGAGAGUGUCACGGACGACAGCGAGGAGGAGCCACAGUUGACCUCCACGGAUGCUCAACAGCCGAGACCGGAACUGCAGACGAGACCUGGUGCUGAAUGUGUUGCUGCUAAGCCGGGGGUGGAUCGGGACGAGGUCGAAGACGAAGACGGAAAUGCAAAACAAGUUCAGGUAUAGGAUGCUGCAGGAAUCAGAAUUGGUGCUGUCUAUUAUUGGGACUUCUUUACUUUACUGUAACAUGAACAUUUUUGCUUCACUAAACUAAAAGUAGUCGCACUGUAUCAUCUUUUAUUCGCAGAAGACCGCUACAAGUACAACUUUGCUAUGCAGGCGGCAAAAGUUAAAGACGAUCUGAUGGAAUACGAGCUGGAACAAGCAAGAAAGAAAACCCAACGACCGCCGAAGCUCUACCGGGCGCUUCGUGAGUGUUUAGAGGACGCGGAGACUUGUUUGUCCGCCUCGCAGCGCAGCGACGACGAGCACGUGGACAUCAAGCACUUGCUGAUCUCCGCAGAUCGGCUUUUGAAGGACGAAUUUGCCCGACACCGGGAGGCGCACUGUGAGCGGCUCACCGACAUGGACCAUUUGGGAGGAAUGGAUUACCAUCGAUCGCCGAGGAUCUGGGUGGACAAAAAAGAAAACUCUUCAUGUGCAACCAAGAGCAGGGGCCGCGUCGACGUGCAAGAGGACCGCACGACGCUACUUUUCGCCGAGGACAAGAACCAGAACGGAUUGAGCACUGUGCCGGCAAUUACCUUCGAUCCGCAACACGGGCAACCAUGGGUCCUCGAGGUGGUACAGGAUGUGAGGGCUGGCGCCGGCGACCAUGAGGAAAAGGAGAACACGAAGGAUGGACAGGGUCGUGGUAGAGGUGCGACGUCUACUUCUACUAGCUCAUCUAGCAGCAGCAGCAGCAGUAGUACAAGUAGAGCAAAGAUGAACAACAAAAAACCUCCAUCCUCUUCGAGAACAACAGCCCUGGAACAAGAACAUCAAGUCGUGACAUUGACACGCGGCCCCUUGGUGCAGGAGCGCGGCGACCGGCCGCAUUCGCCCACGCGAAGACAUUCCCCGUCCCGGCGCCACAUGGACCCGACCGAUCCGACAAGGAUGAGGAUGAUCAAGUCCAAGCGGGAAAAGGAGAAAGGUAGACAUGAAACUUAAUUUGCCUUUGAUUCUGAUGAUAUACAAAGAACGUGGUAAGAUGAAUAAAAAGAUAAAAAGCAACAUGAAAUACGAUACCUGCAGACCGAGCCCGCACAAGACGGAGUAAGCACCUGUGGGAAACACAUGAUCACUCUGACGCCGACGACGGACUGCAACUGCACGCGAUGAUGAGCAGCGGCAACCUGGAGUCUUCCUCCUUCAACUCCUUGCUGUCUGUAACGAACGCGUCGAGCAAAUGGCCGGAGACGCGGCCCUUGCCCAUGGGCCUGCCUUUCCAGGCGUUCCAGGACCCGGAGGAAACACUAUGAGAGCGCACAUCUCCCUCCCCCUCAUUUGUCAUGCAAAAUACCAAACUCACCCUCUGCCUCUUGGCACUGUUUGCAUGACAAGUUCUGGCAGCCCAAAUAAGACUACCUUCCUGUCCAAAUUUGUCAUGCAAAACCUGUAUUCUUGCUGACGCUUGUAUUGCUGUUCAUGCAAUACAAACGAGUGCGAGGGGGAGUAGUUGUGCACUUUCAUAAACACCGGGGCUGCUGCUCGCCGACUACGCGACGGAAGGGCAGUAUGGGAGUGUCAGGAUUGAAACCGUCAAAGUUGAAAUAGUUUGUGAUGCAUAAAAUGCAGCCCACAGAGUGCCUGUCUUGCAGAGUAGGCAAGGGAGGCAGAUUGUAAAAAGCCUGUUGAGGGGUACAAAUAGAGCUGCUGAAGUAGCAUGACAAAAGGCGUCUACCUUCCCCAAACAGCAUGACAAACUGGAUGUCGGUUCUACCCAAAUUUGUAAUGCGCCACUUGAAAAAGAAAUCUAGGCACCAACUGGUACUUAUCCGUUUUAUGCAUGACAAACUAUUUCGACUUUGUCAAUUCCGAUCCUGACACCCCCAUAGCCAGCGGGGCGUGCGGAUGGCACUGACCACGCGGCUCUUGCAGCUCGACUUUUCUCUCUAUCCCGACGAAGACGAGGAGGAACUGGAGCGGCUGCGGCGGCAGAUCGUGGCCGCCAUUCCGGGGAAUUUACCAGUAAAUGAUGUUUGUGUUUCACUUUUAGCUAUUUGCUAAUUGCUUGCAACGUUUCGGCCUGCAGCCUCCAGUACUAUAUUGGUGUCGAUCCUGCAUGAGUUUAAGUUUGAACUUGUUGACCUGUUGAUGAAGUAGGUGUGAUGCAACCUACAGACUCAGAAUCCAUGCCAAUUGUGCUUGGCCUCCCUCGCAUCAACAUCCCGCACCGCAAAAGUAGAUCCAAAACAAAAGAAGUAAUACACACAGAUUCUUUACGACCUUCUGGCGAAGCGGCUUCCGUUCGGUGGCAGCGACAUUGUGAACAUCAUCCUAGAUAAAAUGCGGAUUGCUGGCAAAAACAAUAUGGCCGAGGUUUUACACGACUCGUACGUUCGUCCGCUGACGCACCUUUUUGGGGCGACUGCGCUUGUGCCGUGUUUCUCUUUAACCUCUCGUGGUAGGAGCAACUCCCAGCCACUCACCGGAUCAUCAACAUCGUCCAGCAGGGCGGAUUUCGAUGCACUUCCCUAUCCAUCUGAUGCAAGUCGUACAGCUGCUGCUGCCUGCGACAACGAGUGGAUUGCCACAGCGGACGGCGGUUUUGCGAAGAAAGUCGUGCCCUACGCCGAGGACGAAGAGGAUGAGGAGACAAUUUUGCGAAAUUUGAAAAAGGAGAAUCUGCAGCGAGGUAGGAGGAAGAAAGGCCCUAGUAGCUGUACAACACGAAGAACGCAUGAUAUUACGGGUGCUAGUAGUACUGAAGAUCCGAGCAUGGAUUUAUUUUCAACCCAGGAAGGACCCUACCGCCGUAGUGCGAGGGAACAAGUGCAACCUGGACCGAUUUGUACUAACCCAGCAACAUCAACGAGUCCUAGUACUGCAGCUUGGGCGUCGAUGAACCGGAUGAAGAAGAUUAAUGGCCGCCGUGACCAGUUUGCAAUUGCAGCUACCGGUAACAACAAGAACAUAGUUCACCAGGACGAGAAUCUCACAAGUAGCAAUCCUACUACGUACCAUGACUCCUCUGAUUUCGUCAGUCCGGUGGUGUGGGAGACCUUCCUAGACGUGUGCAAGAGUAUCAUCCAAGAGUUCUGCACGCCGGAAACGAAGAAAGUAUCGGAAGUCCUCGAACAGCUGAUGUGGUCCGCCGAUUUGUUGAACCGCGAAACCUAUCCACUACAAAAGUAUCGACCUCGUACAAAUUGCAGUCAUGCAUGACAAACAUCGACACCUAGCUGACUCAGCAUUACAAAUUCAAGUUUUGUUCUUGCCAAACAAAUUUGUGAUGCAAUCACUGCUAGUGCGAUGGGAUGCUUUUGCGAUGCAUAAAACGCGGGUGCGAAGAGCCAGCUACGAGUUGGUCACGAGCUGUCUGGAAGCAGUCAUGGACCGGCACGUGCUCGGAGGCCAGGGCCACUACCGAUGUGCUGCCGGACUACAAGCAGGUGGGGCCGGUGCUUGGACGUCUGCGGUGCGGCGCUUCAGCGACGAGGCAAUGGUAUUCAUGGAUUGGUUUCGCAACUGGAAAAUAACGAGACGGGGGACGACACUAGGCUGUUCGGCCGCCGGCGGAGGCUAUGACAUUGUGCGAACGUUGCAGGUAUUGCAUAGUCAUGCGGUAGUUCUUUUCCUGCUAUUUAAUUUAUUGAUUUGAUUGCGCGAAAAAGAUACGGCACUUUUUGUACUUGUGAUUUUCAUGCACAUGCGCAACAUGCGGCUUCGCUGCAACCUGAUGUAGUGGACAACACUGAAAUUGUUCCACCGAUCCUACUAAAAUUUCAGCGACCCUCGGAGCGGAUGAAGGAGAUCAGAAUGACGCCCGCUGAAAGAACCACCGCUAGCAAUUCGUGUCUAGUGACAGUACUUGAGAGCAGUCGCAAUCUAAAGAUGUCGGAUACAGAUGAGAACACGUCGUCGACCACGAGCACAGCAUCAGGAUCACCUUUGCUGAGCGCCGGAGAUCAUGAGCGGGGAGAUGAAGUAGACGAUUCUCCACCCAGCAGCACACGAAGAAAUGACCUCCAGCUUGGCCUGGGUCGUCAAGUAGGAACUGCGAACAACAACACUUCUCUGGUGACUCAGCAAACAACUCCAUACCAUAGCGGGAACAUUUUCGGUCUGGCAGGAAGGAUAGAUCCCGACGAGAUCUGCCAGCGGGAAGCUGGCGAAAUAUGUUUUCGGCUGUAUGCAGAUUUUGGUUUAUAAUCACCUUUUCCGUCAUCAUUUUUUUUUCCGAGGUGCUUUCCUGAUGUUGAGGCGCAUAAGCCAAAGACGCUUGAGCCAAAUAGUAUUUGAGCCAAAGACGCUUGAUUUUCAGGUCUGAGCCAAAGACGCCUGAGCCAAAUAGUAUUUUUCUUGAAAUAGCUGUAGAGUCGUUCUUCAGCGGGGCAAAGUCUCAGCAGCGGAUUUUUAGGGAAAAAGGUGAGUAAGAGUAUGUAAACGCGUUCCCACCUUGACGCAUGAACACAAACAAACAGGAAGGUGAGCCCUUCAACCGGAUGCCACGAAUCCAAUGAUAACAAACAAACAAGACAAAGGCUUCCUCGGCGAAGUGCGUAUAAGUAUAAUUUCAUUUCAUCUCCCCGAUCGAAUUAGAAAUGAUGAAGGCAACAAACUAAAGCUAAACUUGCUUCACCGAAAGACAAGUAGAAAAGGAAUGAAUAUACAGUAAAUUGCCCGAUUAUAUAGGCAACAAACUAAAGCUAAACUUGCUUCACCAAAAGACAAGUAGAAAAAGAAUGAAUAUGCAGUAGAUUUCAAGCGGCUUCAACGUGUUGUGGACUAAAUUCUUUGCAAAACUGGGCGAUGUUUUUUACGAUUGAGUAAGCCUCGCCGCAGACAGUGAUGUGCCAACUUACAUGCGCAAUUUUGAUCUGUUGCUCGUUCCAAGCCGACACGGUUGGAAAUUAUUCGUAGACUGGAACGAGCCGCAUGUUAAGUGUCGUGGCAACGCUCUGGCUACACACGACGGAAGAAAGAAAAAGAUAACCAAGAAGUUGAUAUGCUGUACUAGAUGCAAACAGUGUAGCGAU